AGUAAGCCCUCGGAUGACAUCGAAGAGCUUAUAAGCAUCGACUUUUUGUGGAAUAGCGGUUAGAUUAUAAAAUCCUACUGGGCUAUUUAAAUAAGCAAGUCGGCAACGAUAGAAGUGACAACUUUGUAAAAAAUAUUUUGCACAGUUUAUUCUCGGAGAAGUGGCACACAACGGUAUUGAUACAAAUAACCCAAUAUUAGCUACCAGAGUGUGUAGACAAUGCAUCUAAACCGAAAUGAUUGGUCAUUGUAUGGUGUUUUAAUUAAUUGACAUUGAGAUCGUGUGUAUUCCCUUUCGAGAUAGGUUUAUGUGAAAAUUUAUUAUUAAUUUGAAAUGGGUGAAUUUCAAUCUCAUGAACGCCGAAAUUGGCUGUUACAUUGGUGUUUUGUGCGGGGUGACCUUGAAAAUUGCGAAAAACUUUGCAAGGAAGCUCUAUCGCAGUCUGCCGGGCUUUCGCUUUAUCCUCUCACGAUAAAUGCUUUGUUGCUACGCCAACAGGGCAAAUUGCAGGAGGCAUUAGAGCUAUUCCAGAGCUGCGCUCUUCUUCGACCGUCUGCGGAUACACUAAAACAAAUUGCUAAAUGUUAUUUACUAAUGGGACGACAUCUUGAUGCUGCAGAGGUUUACGAGCAAUGUAUCACACUACAACCGAAAGACUGGGAAAGUCAACAUGGAGCGGGCUUAUGUUAUGCAAGAACUGGACAAAUAGAACGCGGCCAGAGGGCGCUCACAACGGCCGUACAGUUGCGUCCGGCCGAAGCUAGCUACUCUGAGCUAGCACAACUUCUUCGGCGUCAGGGCGAUCUUUCAUCGGCCAUAAGUGUCCUACGAAAAGCUUCUGAAUUAUUUCCAAACAGCGCAUCGUUGGCUAGCGAGCUUGCUCUUCUCGAGAUGUACCAUAACGAGACGCAACAAUCCUAUGAGCGGCUUUCCGUUGCCUUAACAAGACAACCCCAGCGACCAGACGCAUUAUUAAUUACUGCUAACAUAUUGCAGGGCUACGGUGAUCUGGAUGCAGCGCUUUCAAAAUAUAAAUUAGUGGGUGCCCAAAGACCACAUUCGGCUACGUUAUGGAACAAUAUUGCUAUGUGUUUUUUCGCCAAGAAGAAAUACGUUGCUGCCAUCAGCUGUUUGAAAAGGGCCCAAUAUUACGGGCCGUUUCAUUGGCAAGUGCUCUACAACCUUGGCCUAGUCCAUCUUACGAUGCAGCAGGGGGCUUCCGCAUUUCAUUUUGCCCAAGCAGCAAUCGCCCUCGGCCUUGCUAAUCAUAAUAACGAGGCUUUAUCACAACUAUAUCAGGUUUGUGCUUUGGCAUUGGAUACCAUGGGUGAAGAGGCAAGCGCUCAGCGGGCCUAUCAGCAGGCUUUAAAGUUAAGGCCACAAGAUCCUCUAAUUGCAAUCAAUAUGGCUGUAAGCGCGUUUCGCAAUGGCAAAUCACGCCAGCUUGUAAUGGAAGCACUGCAAGCCUUCCAGGAGAGCCAGCUCGAUAAUGAAUCCCUCAUACAUAUAGCGAACACUAUACGAUUAGCUUUAGACGAUCGUCAGGAUGAGGCCGAUGAAUUCAGUGACCCUCGGAGACAACGGGCCGUCACUUCGCCAGAAAAGCAACUCAGUUCUUCAGUGAAUGCCGAGCGGCAGUAACAGAUAGUGAAAGGUUGCCUGAACUUCAACAAACGAAGGUCAACUGAACAUACGGGUCAUAAUGUCGCACAGGCUUCAAAUUCAGCUUUGAUUAAAGAUGGCGAAAGCGCUUCGCGAUCAGCGUACAACGGCACAAUAUCAACCUUCAACGUCUUCUACGUCAGAUUUUAUACAGGUUACAAAGCAAAUGCUUUCAUGUUUAACAAUAUGCGUGCACGAGCAUGAUUUGAAAAAAUAUUUGAUUGCUUUGAACCGGUAAACAUUUCUUUAUAGGAUAUGGAUCACGGAAAAUAUUUUGUAGAGCUCUAAGGUUCCGAUCACAUACCACGACAACGAUAAACUUUUUUUAUCGCAAAUUAGAAUUUAGUCUAAGAUGCUUUUUCUUAACUUCUUGUCUUUACACUCAUUAUCUGUAGUUGUCCAAUCGUAGUUACUAUCGCAAUGAGUAACAAAGUUACGUAGCUACCGUCAAAGCAUCUUUCCUAUGGUUAUCGGGAAGGGGUUGUGUGUAUGACAAAAAAAAAAAUGGACAUAGAGUGGAUAUAGUUUGUUUAAAGCGAUCGAUAAAUAAGAUCUUUAUUCAUGAAUCAAUCCAAUUCUUGUUGAAACGACUAAAGAGAAUAAAAUAAAUUAGGCCUGAUGUGUUCUGGUGAGACCGCAAUACAGAUAAGAUUAAGACCUCUCGUGAAACUCCGAUUUGGCAAUUGGAAAUCCUACAUCAUUUCUCAGUGAAUGAAUAGAUCAGCUACCUAAUAAAAUCUUCUUAGAAAAAAGCACACGGCCAUCGAUGUUAUAUAUUUAAUCAUCUUUCUGGUAAUAAAAAUGUGUCAAUUAAACUACUCAACGUUCA